GUGCGGGGCUCAGUGUUCAGCCUCGGUUGCUAAGGAACCGCUGAAUGCAGGUGGCUUAAACAUGACUGUGGCAUAGUGAGUAAAGCUGGUCAGUCUGGCUGGUUGAGGUGUGGAGGGGACACCACAAACCACACCAGGAUUCUGACUAAUACGACUUCCACUGCCCUCAGUCAAUCUCCUCCUCAUCUCCAUGUCUAUCGCUGGAUUGUAGCUACAAAUAUGGUGACACUUAUCACAGAGCAGCUCCGUAAGCAGAGUUUGGAAGAGCCUUAUUACAAGGCUUUCUCAUUCAAUGUGAAUGUGUCAUUACCUGCAGUUGGUUCCAGUCCCACGGUCUCAUGGAGUGCUAGAUCAUCACAAGAAUCCAGCUCAGCUACACAUCCAUUAUCCAAAGCCAACCCUCUGGGUGAAUCCUGUGGACUAGACUCCCCAUGGUGUCCUUCCCGCUCUGGAGAAACUCUCCAGAGAACAGAAGUUUCUUUUACAAACCAGGUUUUCCAAAGCUCACCACCACCACCUCCUCCAAAACGCCACUGCCGGUCCCUCUCUGUUCCAGAGGACUUGUCUCGGUGUCGCUCCACCUGGCAUCCUAGUGCAUCCAAGGUUUGGACCCCUGUCAAACGUGGCUGCCAAAGUGGAGGAGCAUCUAGUUCCAGCUCUGGAGCCAGCUCUUUGCCACUUUGUGGUCCAAGUUCCUCCUUCACCUCUUCCUCCCUACACUCAUCUUCUAGCCCUACCUUCUUUAGCUUAGCACUGUCCUCUGACUCACCACUACCAUGGAGCUUUUCAUGGGAGCCUUUUGACAAACUGAAAGGAGUCUGUUCGGCCUCCUUUGCUACUCCUUCCUCUUGCUCCUCCUCACCAGCCCCCCUGGUUUCCCACUCAGUCCUGCAGCGCCGCUUCUCCCUCUCCCCUGUGCACAUUCAGGAUGCUUCCUUGGUGUUCCUGCCCCCCCAGCCCUCCCCUGCUUCUGCUUUGACAUAUAGCUGCUCUGGCAUGGAACACCCAGCCCUGUCCUCAUCUCCCACUUCAGCCUGCAGCACACCAUCCUCCUCUAGGCGCGACCUGCACCCAGCUCUACCGCGAUGCCACUCUCAGCCCUGCGACAUGCGCAAACCUCGCUUGAAGAGGCGCCAUGACCCAGAUGUUCUGCCCUGCUCCAGGCCAGGCCUCGACUUCAGCAAGAUGACACAGAUUGGUAAUCACGAGAGCCUAAUGUGUGGUACAGGUGGCUGCAUUGUUCCAGUGUCUUCCCAGGCAGAGCAGCGCUCAGCCUUCUCCCCUGCAGAGUUCCUGGGACGAGCCAGCAUUGGGCCACUAAGCGAAAGUGAAGAAGAAGAAGAGGAGGAGGAGGAAGAAGAUAUAAGGAAAAGAACUGUAAUAGAUGGAGGGCCAAAGAUUGCUUUUGAAAGAGACUGCACAGAACUGGACUUGCACCUCAUAGAAGAGAACUGACCACUCCUUGACGCUAGAGUGCGAUAACUGCAUUCAUAACUAUGUUAAGCACACCUUUAGGCUUUGUCAACUCUUCUGGCAGAGUCCUUGGGAACUUGCUGCCCUCCUAAGGCAUAUGUUCAGAUUUCAUAAACAAGAAUCAAGCAAUUAGAAGCUAAUCAAAUUACGAUGUUAUGAUUGUAACACUUUGUUCAUUAUUCAACAUUUCACAAAAAUGUCACAGUGCCUGCGUAUACAACACUCCAUGGGGAAAUGUGCAUGAGCAAAUAAGCUAGUUUUCUUGCGCACAGAAUUUUGGCUAAUAUUUUAUAAUGACAAAAGUCUUAAUUUAUGUUAACUAUUGGAAUGCAUCUUGAUUUUUCUUACUACAACUCAUCAUAUCAAAGAACUAUGUAUACUGGAGUAAUCAGAAUGUGCUUAAUAUUUCCUCAUAAGUGAUUUGAAUACACAUUCAAAGUCAAUAGAUUCAUAUAAUGGAGGUAAAGAUUCCUCAAUGCGCCAUCAGAUACUGGCAUAGAAUUUGAGAAGCCCAAACAAUAUAAGAAAACUGAUCUAUAUAUUAAAGCUCUCCUGUUAUUUGGGAUACAUUCCAGGAUUUCACUGCUGUUCCUUAAAUCAAUCACACCCAUUGUAAUGUUUUUCUUUUGGGAGUAAUUACAUUAAAUGGAAAAUGUCUGUAGUAGUUAAAGAACAGCUCUCCCUUUUAGUUCAUGUAUUUUCUUUUUGGGAGUUUUUCUCAAUUGCUUGAACAUAAACCGACCUCGUCAAUAUUAAUAAUACUGCUGAUACUGACACUGACCAUGCCUUAAGCUUAAAACAGAGUUCUUGGUGCUCUGGUCUUCUUUUAACAGCCAGACAUUCUUGCAAUCUCCAUUUACGCUGAUUCAGAUAUUUUUGAACAGGUGGCACAUGCACUAUAACAGUCGAUUGAAUAGCGGAAUCGAUGCUGCAGCUGGACUCUAUAGGGCACAAUGUAACGUGCUGUACAGUGGUCGGAGGGCGAAAACACAUUUAGCCAAUUCUGAGUGUAUGACAAAGGUGAUGCUGAUGCAGAUGAUUUGGUGGCCUUUCAGGAAUGAUUUUUCAUGUGUUUUCAGAUGGAAAUACUACUGUUGCACAAUUUAUGUACAAAUAAAAUUUAA